AUGAAAUCGUUGCUUUUUGUUUGUGAGGAUUCCUCUUCAAUUAAUCAUAGCUCUGCCCAGAGAUUGAAACCCGGAGAUCGGUGGUUUUUCGGUGAAACUGAAAUUAUUGAUAAACAAAAUAACGCACUGAAUAUCCCAUUAGAUAAUCACAACUAUAGAAAGUUUGAACUUGAUCAAAUCAUUACAUAUGAUUUUGAUGAAUUGUCAUCGAUCGCAAAUGAUCUAGCAGAGCAAUGUUUUCUGAAUAAUUCUAAUAACUUAGUAAUUUCAACUUCAUAUUCGUUUGGUAAUAAUUGCCCAUUAUUACUUGAAGGCUUGUACAAUGAAAGCAAUACACUAGUUGGCCCAGGACUCUUUUUGUUGCUAUCAAGAAGUAUUUUAACAACUAUACAAGAUCAGAGUGAAAAUAAAAGAUUUAGUUUGCAUUGCUCUUGGAAUGGGAUGCUAAACAGUGGAGAGUUCACUGAUAUGUUUGAAGACUUAAGCGAAAAAAAUGAAUCAUUUGAUAUGGAAAACCUAUCUCCAAUCAGUGAAGAGUUUGGAUUUACCAGUAUUUUUAAAGUUGAAAGCGUUAAUUCACUUGCAGCAAUAAUAAAUGCUAAACGUAAAGCAUCUGACUGGAAAAAAAUUUGCCAUUUUAUAUUUACUUUUAGAAUAUUUAAGGAUUUUAAUGAAAUUGAGUCUGGAAAAAAUGAACAAAUAGGCUCUGUAUCUCUAGUAUCACUUGGGGAAGGUAUUAAAACAAGGUUUUCGGGGCAAAUAAGCCCAUGGAACGUACUAGAAGUGGCAAUGAAGGAAUAUAAUAAUCCAAUUAGAUCUAGCUUUUGUAUGCUACAACUUUCACGCUAUAUUAGUGAUUAUUUUGAAUUUCCAGACUUAAUAACAAUAAUAUAUAGAUUCCCAUUUUAUAUUAACCCCAUGAAACUCAGCCAUGGUAAAGAAAUCAAGUUUGUCCUAAACAUGAUGCUUUUCCAUCAAACAUUUGUUGAUUUUAUUUCAUUAGAAGACGAAAAAGCUGAUUACAUUUCUAAAGUUGGUUAUAUUCCAGAAGCUAAAUCAGUGCUUUCUGACUAUUCAAAUACAGAGACCAAUCAGAAUUCAAAAUAUUUGCAAGAUUUUGGUUACGAUUCACCAAUUCAAAUUAAUUCAUAUGAUAAAUCGUCUUUUUUUUUCAAUAAUGAAUUAAAUGAUGCACCAAUACCACCACCAAAUCCUGUAUCAAAAAAUGAAAAAAUUGACUUAGAGUUUCAAGAGUAUUUAUCUAAAUGUAAUAUUUUCACUGAAAAUGAGUUUUCUCCAGAAAAAUCCAGGAUGGAAGAAAAUAAAGACUUAGUGGAAAACUGUUCAAAUUUACCAACACAAAAAAAUUUAAAAUAUGAGUACGAUGCACUUAUACAAGAAAUUAAUAUAUUAGAGAAUACUCUAAUAGAUAAGAACGAAAUUAUUAUUAGAUUAGAGAAAUUAAUUGAGGCAAGGGAUCAAAUUAUCAAACAAAAUCAAGAAACAAUAAGGUUACUCAGACAAGACUUGAAUAAUGAAACUACCAAACUUAAGGAAUUGGAACAAAGGGUUAAGAUGAAUAAGGGAGAUAAUCUUUUAAAUAAUUUGAUACAAACCAAACAAAAAUUACCGUUCGGACUUCAAAGAACAAGGCCUUCAACUGCAAAUAGUAGGUUACCCAGCAAAAAUUUGAGUAUUUCCAAUGAAGCUAAAACACCCACAGUUGCGAUACAGAAUAAUGACGAAAAUAAUAUUUCUGAAUAUACAAAAGAAGAAGCUAUGCUGAAUCCUGCUCUUUCUGGGAAUUUUAUUAUGAGUGAUUCAGAUAGUGAUAUCGCGUUAUCAAAAAGAAUCUCUAAGAGACCUUCCAAAUUAUGUGUCAAUAUUAAGAGUGAAGGAUCUGACUCCGAUUUUUCGGACAAUAUACCUUUAACUAGCAGAGUUCAGAAGAAAACCCAAAAGCCAAGGAAAACGGUAACAAAUACAAAAAAAACUUCCAAGAAAUCAACAAAAAAAACAAAAACUACUACCAAGCCUUCAAGCAAACCAAAAAGAAAGCAACCUAUAAAGAGUGAAAAUGAUUCAGAAGACGAUGAUGUGAACAGGGAUAUCAAGAAACAAUUUAGAGACGGGCAAAAAUACAUAACGCCUCCGAAUGGUGAUGCUACAAGAGCAUUUUACGAAUCUCUUUAUAAUGAAAAUCCAUAUAGUAUUAUUGCAUUGAAGUACUGCGUUGAAAAUGGCGUAUUAAUGGGGGCAAAACACACUAAUGCAUAUAAAAGACUGGAAUACCUUAGAGAAAGUGGCCUAUUAAAAAGAUCGUCGGGGGGAAUUCAAAGUGAAGCUGUUGAAUGCUUAAAGCGUUUUGAUAGCAAAAAUGGUGGUUUUCCAAAGGGUUGGGACCAUUAA